UUAUUACAACUGUGACUUAGUUUAGGUUGCGACCAAGCGAUAGUAAUAGCGACCAAAAACCGACAGAAUUUUUUUUGCAAAACAAACCAUAGCAAAGACGGUUCCCGUUUUCGAGUAUGGAAAUCGUGACUGAAAGUGCGCCAAGUGGAACGCUAAUAGCGCGCAAUUAUCAAAUAAAAGCGUCCACGACCGCUUGAAAAUAAUGUAAAUAUAAUUAUAGUUUUCAUUUUCAAAUAAAUUAAGUACGCGCGACGGCCAAAAAGUAAAAGAUGCGGGGUAGUGUCGCCGGCCUGCCGGACUUUUCAGUUAAGGGCGCGAACCCUACGCAUUACGCGCUGCUGGUGGUACUGGACACGCUUUUUUCGGCGAUUGUGAUAAGUCCCGCGGUGGUUGGGUACUGGAGAAGUAUAUGGGAGUUGAUGGAACUAUACGUUUAUCCCCAAAAUUCUGUAAUAAGUGCGAUUAUAUCGACUGCCAUCGGAAUCGUUGGACAUUUAGUUUUGACCGUCUGCCAGCACGGUUUUUCGAAACACUUCCACCCCGACACUAGUAGAAUUUUGUAUUAUGCGUUUUCGCGUUUGUAUACAGUGUGUUUUGCUUUUAUAUGCGUUAAUGGAUGGAGAGGACCGUGGUUACUUUUAGAUCUCUACACGGAAAUGGAAUUAACGACAAUUGUUUUGACCACAUGCAUCGGUGUUGUUGCACUUACGGCGCUGAGGGCGUUAAGAAACAUUUCUGCAACUCCGUUUUCUAUUGUCACCGAUCAAGUUAAAGGAUACUUCGAGGUUGUUACAAUGUUCAGAGUGUCGAUUGAGGAAAAAACGACACUGUACGUACUCGACUGCCUUUUUUCCGUAUUUAUCAUAGGAACACUAGUCGUAUUCGUCUGGAGGGGCGCGUGGGUUCUAGUCGACAUAUACUUGUUUCCGGAGAAUGAAUACUGGUCAGCAUGGGGAAGCUUAGUACUAGGAUAUACAAUCGUGGCCAUAGCUUUUCUGCUACAGCCAAUGAUGCGAUGGAUCUGUGACCGAAUUUCCGGUCUACUAAGAUUGCUGGUCGCAGACGUGUUCCUCUUUUUCUCGUUCGUUGGUACCGUCAACGUUUGGAGAGGAAUUUGGAAUCUGCUUAAUCUAUACUUCUUACCAGAAAACAUGGAGCUCAGCGCCUGGAUCACGCAUUGGGUGUGCCUGAUUCUGCUGAUCCUCUUAAAGUGCUCCAACACGUUGUUGGUACGCGGCGUUUACAUAGACGCCGAUGAACCCGCCGGAAAAUGUGUGGUUUUCCCCGUCUACUACUUAAGGCUAAUCUUCCAGAGGGAGAGAAUAAAGAAAAUUAACAAGAAAUUCCAAAUCGAAGCGAUGAGCCGAAGAAAAAUCGAGCUGGACAACAUCAAAAUCGACUGCUCCUGUGGAACGGACCUAAAAAACCACAUCACCAAAGAAAACGCGCAAAAUCAUUCUCCCAGUCAAUGAUAUAUACCAUGUAUAUAACACUAUUUAAUACAAAUAAUUUAUUAAC